AUCAGAAAGCACAUUUCACUUAACCACUCGGUAGUCGGCUGACCACGAGAAUUAGUUACAAGAAUAUCAACUUGACUAGUGAUAUGCGUUCGUUCAUAAUUAUCGGGGUAUUUGCCCUUGUUUUUGCAAAUGUCUCUUGUAGAGAGACAAGAGGUGAAAAGCCUCAAAGACCACCACAUCGACCGCCAUUAAAGGGUAAACGUGGAGUUAGCGACUAUCCUUUAGGAUAUUCAACCGGGGGUCAUUCCUAUUCUUCACCCGUAUACUCAGCUGUUGGAUCUGGCUAUAGUCUAGGUGGAUCAUCAGGGACUAUUUCUCUUGGACAUUCGGGUCUUCAAAGUUUGCAGAGUUUAGGAGUCGGUGGUGGACACGGUUUAGGAUAUUCUAACUCUGGAUUAGGAUCUUCAUUGGGAUAUGGAAUGUCUGUUGGUUCUGGUUUAGGCCACGGUGGAGGUCUUCAAGGUCUCUCGAGUCAUAGCUCUUAUUCUUUGCCAAGUCUAUCUACCAUCAACUUAGGAUCAAGCGGUGGAUCGAGCGAAGGACUAUUCACUCCUUCAAAGAACGGUCCGGUUACUUUUGGAAUUCAUGGAGGAGGUCAAGGACUCUCGGCUUAUGGAAGUGGAUCGAGCGGAGUUUCCAGUCUUCCGUUAACAUUAUCAUCUUCCCAUGGUUCUUCCUCUUACAAUUUACCAACCGUAACCUUACAAUCGUCUGGUACUUCUACGGGAUAUAGUCUCCCAGCAAGUUCUCAAUCUCAUUCGGUAUCCGGAGGAUUGGUAUUAUCAUCAGGAUCUCAUGGAGGUUCAUCGGGCUAUACCUUACCCAUAUCAUCGGGAUCGUCUCAUGGAAUUUCUUUAAGCAGUCUAUCUUCUGGGUCACAUGGUGGAUCGUCCGGAUAUAAUCUUCCUAUAAGUUCAGGAUCUCAUGGUAUCUCUAGUCUGUCCAGUAAUUCAGGCAGCAUAUCCGGUUAUUCCGUAGCGCCUGUAUCAGCAUCGUACAGCGCACCCAACUCUCACGUGAGCCUGUCCAUUGGUUCCUCCGAUGGAUCCUCUUAUUCUCUCCCAGCAUCCUCCGGAUCUCAUUCAGCUUUGGGAUCCUCCACUUCUGGAUCAUAUUCUAGCUCUGGAUAUUCUCCAGCAUCUUCGGAUGGUAGCUCAUAUUCUUCUAGCGGAAGUACGAGUUAUUCCAAUCCAAGUUCCUCCAGUUAUUCAAAUCCUAGCAGUAGUUACUCCAGUCCUAGUUCCAGUUACUCGAGUCACAGUUCGACCUAUUCCAGUCCUAGUUCCAGCUAUUCAAAUCCUAGUUCCAGUUAUUCAAGCCCUAGUUCUAGUUAUUCGAGUCCUAGUUCAAGCUAUUCCGCACUUGCCAGUGGUUAUUCCUCGAGUUAUUCCAGUCCAUCUAAUUCUUAUGGUACACCAUCGGAAUCUCAUGGAUCCUAUUCACAUUUGAGCCCAAGAUAUAUCAAUUAUCCCGCUGCUAAAGCUUACGAAGCAUUAACAUCUGGCAGCUCGAAAUACGAUACAAUUUCAUAUUCAAGUCCCAAUGGAAAAUAUUAAUCGAUUGCGAUAUAUAAUAGGUAUAUAUAUAUAUAUAUAUAUAUAUAUAUAUAUAUAUGUAUAUAUAUGCAUCUUAGCAUAAUUAAAUUAGAUCCUAGAACGAGAAAUCUUACUCGACCAUAAUUGUUAUAUCUUGCCACAGGGGUAGUAGAUUGUAAUCGUACAUUGAAAUCACGAAAAGAGAAUCAUGAUGCAGGUCAACCGUUAAUAUAUUCUGAAGUACGGAAGACCUAAGAUUACGAAGAAUUGUAAACGUAUUUAUAACGAUAUCUAUUAUAAUUAAUAGUUUAUUUAAUGUAAUUCCGUUUUUUAUUUAUAAUAUCGUUGAUAAAUCACAGAAUGCUAAUGCAAUUUUACAUGUAUACAAUAUCGACAAUGUGAUCCUUGUUGCAUAGUUUUUUUUAUUAUAUAUUAUAUAUAUAUAUACGCAUAAAUAUAUAUAUAUAUAUAUAUUUCUUUUUAUAAUAAAAGCAGUUCCU